AUGACAAUUACGACAAAGAAACCAUCCACCAAUCUGGCUUUAUGUGUCACUACUGAAGACUUUGAGGCUCCUGCAAAGGAGGUUCUCUCAGAGAAAUCCUGGGUCUACGUCUCUAGCAGCGCGGCCUCGGGUCUGUCGCUGAAGGCGAAUCUGGAUGAUUGGUCACGCAUCAAUUUCCGACCUCGCAUUAUGCGAAGUGUGAGUUCAAUAAACACAAAUCAAAAGAUCCUUGGACAAACAAGCAAAUUCCCCUUCUUCGUCUCCGCCAUGGGCACCCUGGGAAACGCACAUCCCGGUGCUGAGCCACUACUUGCUCGGGGUUCGACGCGCAAAGGAUUACAUAUGGUGGUGAGCACGGCAACAAGCAAACCACUGGAAGAAAUUAUGGAAGCGCAUCAAGAGGAGCAGCGUCUUGUGAAAAACCAAAGCCUUUCCAAGUUGGCAUUUCAACUAUACGUCCCUGUCGAUCGAUCCAAGGCUCUAUCUUUGAUUCGACGUGUCAAAGCCGCCGGAUACCAAAGUUUAUGGAUCACUGUAGACACAUCUGUUCUGGGAAAACGGACUGCCGAUCGAUAUCUGCAAGCCCAAGAGGCCUUAGAUCAAGGUGCAAAAGAACGAGAGGCUGCAGCUGAGAACGAGUUCAGUCCAGCUUUUGGAGGACGACCAGUACCAGGAUAUCUCGACCCAGGGUUAAGCUGGGAGGAUCUGGCGUGGAUCAAGCAGGAAUGGAACGGUCCAAUUGUUUUGAAGGGAAUCCAAACGGUCGAAGAUGUAAAAAUUGCCGUGGAGCAUGGCGUCCAGGGAGUACUACUAAGUAACCAUGGUGGACGCCAGAUUCACUCGGCGCCGAGUGCCUUGAUGACACUAUUGGAGAUCCGAACUUACUACCCGGAGGCUCUGGACAAUUUGGAAGUCUUCAUAGACGGCGGACUUCGUGAUGGAGCAGAUGUACUGAAGGCGUUGUGUUUGGGAGCGACGGCCGUCGGUGUUGGAAGGCCGUACUUCUAUGCCAUGGCGGCAUACGGAAUGGAGGGAAUUGAGAAAUGCACAGAUGGCUUUGCAGUCCUCGCUGAGGAAGUUGAAAUCACCAUGAAGAUGCUGGGAGUUUCAUCGCUCGACCAGCUCCGGCCGGAGAUGGUCAACACAACUCGACUGUUGAAUGAGAUGUGGCGACCAGAGCUCGUACGACCUAGGCUAUGA